GGGGCGGUCUCUUAAAUGGUGAAGAGAUUGGAGAGGCUUUUGUUUUUGUUUCUUGUUUUGAUUGCGCCAGAAGUCGAAAGGGAUUAAUUGGGAUUAGGGUUCGCUCAUUUUGGAUUUUUCUGGGUUUGGAGUUACCUGGCGAGCAAAAUCUCGAUUUGGAAGCUUCCGACUGUUUCGGUCUUCGUCCAGAUUUGUCCGCUCUGCUGGGUUGAUUUGGGGAGGCUUACGACGGCGUAGAUUUGGAAAGGAGCAGCGUCCUGCCGAGCCGAAAAGUUUGGAUUUGGAAGGAUUUCAACGCCGUCGUCGAGCUUUUAUGAUUUCAAGGUGUCGGAAGGCCGAUCACUGUGACGCUUCUUCGGCGAUUACUACGUCGUCGUUGGUUUGCUGGGAAAUUGACCACCCGCAGGUGAUCUUCGUGGGUUGGUAAAGGAGAGGUUUUUUUUUUUCUGAUUUCAAAAGAAUCUUCAAGGCCUUUUCUCUACGUCUUUGUCGAUUCCCGUUACGAGACACCUUGUUGAUGCCGAGAAGCUCUUUUAAAAGUUUUUAGGGUUUUUUAGCAAUCUGAUUUGGGAGUAACGAGCGUUGCAGUACAACAUUAUUUUUUCCCUGUCCUCUUCCUUGCGAAAAUCAGUGAGUACAAUCACGAGAACAGUGCCUGGAUGCCUUCUAUUAUUUCCUCGCGUGUUCUCCUCCCGUUUACUUUGGAAAACGACCUUUUGCUUUGUAAGAAAUCACCACACCUUCUCAUCAGGUAUCAUUCAGUUCCUCUAGCUCUAUCUGAGUUAGACCAAAAAAAUUGGAUCUGGCGCAGGUGAGAUCGAGGGCAACAGGGUAUUCCGGGGUAUAAAGAGACGGCGACAGUAAAGAGCAAGAAAAGUUGUAUUUCUCUGGUCGGUCAAAGUGAAAGCAUUUCAUCUGUUGGGUCAAAAGCGUCUUUUUCACGAUGGCUUUAAACGCAGAAAACAAGACUCCGUGGUGUAGUUCAGAUGCUUGCCGUCUGCAUUAACUUCCUUCAACCUCAGUUGAAUAGUGAAGGAAAAGACCUAUUUGUUUCUCUGCUUGCUUUUUCUUGCCUUACUGUGACCCAUACUACUAAGCACAACCUGGAGAAUUUGUCAUGGAGGCAAGGGCUUAACUAAGAAAGUUCUGCUCGAGUUAGGGAGAAAUGAGUACCAGCCAGCAACACAAGCGGGGGAAGACUGUUAAGGGUCUUGGUGCUACUGAGAAGGUUGUUGUUGCAGUGAAGGCUUCAAAAGAGAUCCCCAAAACAGCCCUUGUAUGGGCUUUAACACAUAUUGUUCAGCCUGGUGAUUGCAUAAUGCUUUUGGUUGUGGUUCCCCCACACAGUUCGGGUAGAAAACUAUGGGGAUUUCCAAGAUUUGCUGGAGACUGUGCCAGUGGCCAUAGGAAAUCACAACCAGGUACACCUUCGGAGCAGAAGUCUGACAUCACUGAUUCUUGCUCUCAAAUGAUGCUGCAACUUCAUGACGUUUAUGAUCCAAACAAGAUAAAUGUCAAAAUAAGGAUUGUUUCUGGAUCACCUUGUGGUGCUGUGGCAGCAGAAUCCAAAAGAGUCCGGGCGAACUGGGUUGUGUUGGACAGACAGCUGAAGAAUGAAGAGAAGCGUUGCAUUGAUGAGCUACAGUGUAACAUAGUCGUUAUGAAACGUUCCCAACCUAAAGUUCUUCGCUUGAAUCUAGUAGGAUCCAAUAAUGCAGAUCCCCAAUUGCUUUGUCAAGUGCCUUCUGAAUUAGACACAUCUAAGGCUUCUGCCCGCACCAAAGAUUCUAGAAAAUCUAUUAGAGGACCGGCUGUCACACCCACUAGUAGCCCUGAAGUAGAGACAUCAUUUACUACUACUGAAGCUGGGACAUCUUCAAUGACAAGCUCAGAUCCUGGAACCUCUCCUUUUUUUGCCGCUGAAACAAUCAGUUCUUCUCGGAAAGAAGAGCAUGUAACUACAAAAGAUAUAAGGGACAUAGAUAUAUCUACCUCAGAUUCUGAUAGUGAGAGUCUUAGCCCUGGUAAAACAAAAUUUCAACCAUGGAUAGCUGAGAUUUUUGGAGGUGGCCGCCCAUCAUCAAGGGAAAUUCAUGAACGAUCUCCAUCAUUUGAUAGCAAUGCUUGUAUAUCUACAGCAAAAGCAUUGUUGGAUAAACUUUCUAAGCUGGACAGAGAAUCAGAAAUUGGUUCUCUGAGUUAUAAAUUGGAUUUGAACUUCAGUGGGAAUGUUAGAGAAGCUAUUUCCCUCUCAAGAAAUGCACCUCCAGGGCCACCUCCUCUAUGCUCAAUAUGCCAGCACAAGGCACCUAUCUUUGGAAAGCCUCCUAGAUGGUUCAGCUACUCAGAACUAGAACUUGCUACUGGUGGGUUUUCACAAGCAAAUUUUUUGGCUGAGGGCGGGUUUGGAUCUGUACAUAGAGGUGUCCUUCCAGAUGGUCAAGCAAUUGCAGUCAAGCAACAUAAACUUGCUAGUUCCCAAGGUGAUCAAGAAUUUUGCUCAGAGGUGGAAGUUCUAAGCUGUGCCCAGCAUCGCAAUGUGGUGAUGCUGAUUGGAUUUUGUGUGGAAGACAGGAGAAGGUUGCUGGUUUAUGAAUAUAUUUGUAAUGGAUCUUUGGAUACUCAUCUCUAUGGUCGUAAUCGAGAAUCGUUGGAAUGGUCUUCUAGGCAAAAAAUUGCUGUAGGAGCUGCUCGGGGCUUGAGAUAUCUUCAUGAAGAGUGCAGAGUUGGUUGCAUAGUCCACCGAGAUAUGAGGCCAAAUAACAUACUUAUAACCCAUGAUUUUGAACCAUUGGUUGGUGAUUUUGGCUUAGCGAGAUGGCAGCCUGAUGGUGAUCUUGGUGUUGAAACGCGAGUGAUAGGAACCUUUGGAUAUCUAGCACCUGAAUAUGCUCAAAGUGGGCAAAUCACAGAAAAAGCGGAUGUGUACUCCUUUGGAGUAGUCUUGCUGGAGCUUGUGACUGGGCGGAAAGCAGUUGAUAUAAACCGACCAAAGGGCCAGCAGUGCCUCACAGAAUGGGCACGCCCUUUGCUUGAAGAGUUUGCCAUCGAAGAGCUUGUAGACCCUCGUCUAGGUAAUGAGUAUUCAGAAGAUGAAAUACACUGGAUGUUGCACGCCUCAGCUUUGUGCAUUAGACGUGAUCCUCAUUGCCGGCCUCGGAUGUCUCAGGUCCUUAGGAUAUUGGAGGGCAACUUGAAGGAUUCUUGUUACACUUCAACACCAGGGUAUGCCAACGGAAACAAGAGCGGCAGAAUUGGCCUGAACAACAACUUAUCAAUCCUAUUGUGAAACAAACUUCAGACAUCUUACGAUGCUUCACAAACACUACUCAUCGAGUUAAAUAUUUGGAAAGUUUGUGUCCCAAUAGGUGCAAUGUGUAUUCCUCCUAUAUUCCUACCUUCACUAUUUUUGCACAUUCUUGAUCUGUUUUUUUGUCACAUUGCUAGAUUGCAAUGUAAUAUUAAUAGCUUACGUUGUUAGUUUGCUCAUACUCAGCUUUAAGCACUUUUGUGGGGGUUUUGAAUUGUA